AUGUUCUACACACAUGUGCUUAUGAGUAAGCGAGGGCCAUUGGCCAAAAUUUGGCUUGCAGCUCACUGGGAGAAGAAACUCACAAAGGCUCAUGUAUUUGAAUGCAAUCUAGAGAUAACCAUUGAAAGAAUUAUUUCACCUAAGGUGAAAAUUGCACUUCGAACUUCAGGACACCUUCUUUUGGGAGUUGUGCGAAUCUAUAAUAGGAAGGCAAAAUAUCUUUUGGCAGAUUGCAAUGAAGCAUUGCUUAAAAUGAAGAUGACAUUUCGCCCAGGACUGGUUGACCUUCCAAAAGAGAAUUUUGAAGCUGCUUACAAUGCUAUCACAUUGCCAGAAGAGUUUCAUGAUUUUGACACCCAAAAUGUGAAUGCUAUUGAUGUUUCAGAACACUUUACUCAGAACCAAAGCAGACCAGAAGAAAUCACACUUAGAGAAGAUUAUGCUAAUGAUCUACUUUUCCAAGCUGGGAGCUUUGGAGAGGAAUCUGAAAUUCUCAGAAGACAUAGCUUUUUUGAUGACAACAUAUUGCUGAAUUCCAGUGGUCCUUUAGUUGAACCUAGUUCUGGAAGCCUCAUUGGAGAAAAAUCUCUGUUCUAUGACAGUGGAGAUGGAUUUGGAGAUGAAGGAGCUGCAGGAGAGAUGAUCGACAAUCUAUUGCAAGAUGAUCAGAAUAUCCUGUUAGAAGACAUGCAUUUGAACGGAGAAAUUUCCAUGCCUCCUGAGCCUCCUGACACUAUAGUGGAACCAGAUAAUUCAGAGUAUAUAUGUCUACCUGAAAAUGAAAAAAUGGAUGAAAUCACAUUAUCAAAUGAAGAACAUGGAUUUACCCUUGACCCAAUUGAUGUUUCAGACCUUGCUGAGAAAAGGAAAGGGAAAAAGAGGAAAUUGCUCAUAGAUCCAGUCAAGGAGAUCAGUAGCAAAAUUAUGCAUAAACAGCUUACUUCCUUUACGGACACACUCAUGGUUUUGGAACUAGCUCCUCCGACCCGAAGAUUGAUGAUGUGGAAGAAGAAGGGAGGAGUGGACACACUUCUGUCAAGUGCUGCCCAGGAUUUGACUCAUGCUGAACUGAGAAUGCUGUUUACAAAAUGCUUUCUGUCUUCUGGCUUUAAACUUGGAAGAAAAUUGAUACAGAAGGAAUCAGUAAAGGAAGAAGUGGGAAAUGAAAACAUAAUAGAGACCUCUGAGAUGGAAGAGCCAAAUUCCCAGCAAGACUUAAGUCAACCCAAAACUUGGAAGGAUGUGAUUAACGGACCUAUGUGUAACUCUCAUGAGGAUACCAAUAAAAAUAUUAAUUCUGAGGAGGAUAUUGUUGAAAUGGUAUCUUCAGCUGCUGAGGAAUCCUCUUUAAUGAAUGGCAUCUUAGCACAAGACAUUGAAAAUAGUCCAGUUGAAUUGGAGUCCUUGGAGAGUCAACAAAAUACUGAGGCAGAGAGAUGGAAGGGAAGAAUUCUUCAGAUGUUAAAUAGAUUGCGGGAAUCCAACAAGAAGGGAAUGCAGUACUUUAGUCUGAUGAAGCUCUGCAGACACAGUGACCGGAAACAAGCCGCUGCCAAAUUCUACAGCUUUCUCGUCCUAAAGAAACAGCAGGCUAUUGAGCUGAGCCAGAGUGCUCCCUACGCAGACAUUGUAGCUACAGUGGGACCAAUGUUCCAUAAAAUGUGAAGGAUGCAGAUUUAUGUCAUUAUUGGAAGUUCUGUGUCGAUGGCUCAAUUUAACGCAGAAGCUGUCUAGAAGCAGUUGGAGGUCUGAUCCAUUUCAUAUAUAAGCCGACCGCCUAUUUCAUGGUUGUCAAGUCAAAAGAAUCACAGCCAGAAUUGGAAACCUGUAUGCUUACAGAAAUACUUAAUUGUAGCUAAGUAGCAUUUUUAACUUAGCUAACUUGAAUGUAUAGUAGUCACCAUUUC